AUGAGAAGGAAAAGAAAAGGAAAGAAAAUGUGGCUAAAAGGGGAAGUGAUUUGUUUGACUGAAAUAUAUGCAAAGAAAAAAGAUGAUUUCAAGAAUCCAAGAGUAAGGAACAAGGACAUUUGGCCUGAUAUUUCCCUUGACAUUGAAAGAAGUGAAUUGGUAUCUCUGUUUAAAGAGCUUGUUGAAAGGAAGGAAGAAAAGGAGGAAAGGAAAAUGCAGAAAUUUCAAGAAAUAGUUAAUGAAAAAAUUGAUAUUUUGGGGCAAUUUUUCAAGUGUUUGCAAAAUUUGUUCAAGAUGAAUGAAUGUUUAUGUUCAGUGAUUUUCAUGUAA